CUGUGGGUGGACAUACACUCGAUCGAACCAACUCAUUCCGCCUACCACCUCGGCACCACCAGCCCAAGCAGAGCCAUGGCGCCCAACGGAGACAACACCGUGGCCAACGUCCACAGCGGCAUCGACAGCACCAACAAGACGCUGCUCAAGAGCGACGCCCUCUACACCUACAUCCUCGACACCACCGUCUUCCCCCGUGAGCACGAGUGCAUGCGCGACCUGCGCCUCAUCACCGACAAGCACCCAUGGGGCUACAUGCAGUCGUCGUCGGACGAGGCGCAGCUGCUGGGGAUGCUGAUCAAGAUGGCGGGCGCCAAGAAGACGAUCGAGGUGGGCGUGUUCACGGGCUACUCGCUGCUGGCCACCGCGCUGGCGCUCCCGGAGGACGGCAAGGUGGUGGCCAUCGACACCGACCGCGAGUGCUACGAGGUGGGCCGCCCCUUCAUCGAGAAGGCCGGCAUGGCGCACAAGGUGGACUUCCGCGAGGGCACCGGCCUGGCGCGCCUGGACGAGCUGCUCGUCGAGGACGAGGGCGCGGCCAGCUACGACUUCGCGUUCGUGGACGCGGACAAGCCCAACUACGUGCGCUACCACGAGCAGCUGCUGAAGCUGGUCCGCGUCGGCGGCACCAUCAUCUACGACAACACGCUGUGGGGCGGCACGGUGGCGCUGCCGGCGGGCACGCCCAUGUCCGACCUCGACACCCGCUUCUCCGCCGCCCUCAGGGACCUCAACGCCAAGCUCGCCGCCGACCCGCGCAUCGAGGUCUGCCAGCUCGCCAUCGCCGACGGCGUCACCAUCUGCCGCCGCCUCGUCUAGGCGGGCGGGCGUCCGGCCCGGCCCGUCCCGGCGUGAUCGUGAUCCGCCGCGCGCCUGCCGGCCUGCGUGCGUGCCUGGAGUCCAUUUCCUUACCAGCCGCUUAUCCUAAUCAAUUGUAUUAUUUUUCCCUGCCAGCGCUGGUUUAGCGUGAAGCAUCCGAUGGUUUCGAAUUUUCAAUAACUUUUUUGGCUUUUCAACUUUGAGAGGAGUGGCUGUACUUACUGUACUAUAUAUGGUGUUCCGAUAUGCGAUGACGUUGUCGUGCAUGUGGAUGUCCUUGUCGUCA